AGUCAAUCCGAUAUCGAUGACAAUAAUCGAAUUGUGUGUUCGCACAUUUUACAAAUAUUAUUCAAUUUUUACGCAUUUCCGCUAUGUUGUUGCCGCCAGAUCGUUUGGAGCACUAUAAAACCAGUUUGGAGCAACAGCUGAAGCGUUUGGCCAGCAGCAUAAGGAGUUAUUUGGUGCUAAAAGCAGCUGACACAUCUGAAUUGUCGAAUCGAGCGAAUCGCUUGUGGGAAUUGAGUCAACGCUAUCGACUGGUCAAGGGUACCAAUCAAGCUGCCACUUUCGCCCUGCUCGCUGUGUGCCAGGAUGUUUACCAAAACCUUCAGGACAGCAUAUUGAAACUAGAUUUAGAACUGGAUCAGAUAUCCGCCCAAGUAGCCGACUUCGAGAUCGAGUGCCUGCAACUCGGUCAAGAGCAAAGCCAAUGCAAAACGCCCACAAAUUUAACAGAAUUCCGUAAUUUCCUGGAGGAAUCCCUCAAGCUGCUGCAGAAUCAGGUCAAAUAUCUGGAGCUCCAUCUUCGCCAGCUGCAACCCAAGUUCUUGGCCCCGGAAUCCUCACUGGAGGCCUUCAGAUCCGAUCUUCAGCUUCCCGAACACGCAGAGGCACGAAUUUUUCUUGGACUGGCCAAAAUCGAGAGAUUGACCAGUUUUCCACUGAUUUUGUAAUGAUAAAAGGGUUGUUCUUGCUAAUAACUAAAGGAAUACAGCACAUUACUUGAAUCUAGUUGUAAA